AUGAUUACCCUGGAAUGGCACGACGUACGCACACCGCUGCUCGUAUCGUUUUGGGUGGUGUUUAUUGUCGUCGUGAAGAUCGGUGAGUGAUGUCACGUUAUGACUAAUAGUUUUAGGUUUUAGAGAUUUACUGUCAAUGUAAAAAGUAAAAACUUGAUGGAAAAGCAAAUUAUUUAUUUGGUUUUGCUUUUAUUUUUUGUUAGACUAAAGUUGGAUAUUGUUUCUUAGAUAGACUGGGUCAAAAAAUUUAAACUUUUUGUGUUAGGCAAGGCGUGGGUUCUAGAAAAGGAGAGGGGUAGAGGUAAAAAACGGGCUGUGUAAGCCCGGCCUUGUGCUAAAUUUGCCUAAAAAUUAGGUCCGGUUAGCGGGCUGGGCCUAAAGGUUGGGCUUAACCCGCAGGCUAGGCUUGAAAAGUAGGCCAAACUCAAUUUUUUUUUAAAUUUAAAAAUUUGUUUUGGUUUUAGUUCAUAUUUUUGGAUUUUUUUAGUACCGCAAUCAAUAAAUGAUCUAAAAAAUCUAAAAACUUGGAUUUUUUUGUCUAGGUCCGUCCGGGCUGAAAAAGAUAAUAACGAGCUAGGUCUGAACUUUAUUCUUUAGGUUAGGGCCAGGCUUUAAAACUAGGUCCGGUCCGUUUCUUACCCCUCUCAGGAAGGGAGUAGGAGAGGUGGAGAAGAAGGCCGGGAGAUCUUUUUUUUUAUUUCUUUAAAAAGAUGUUAGAUUUGAUCACUCUGUUAGAAAAAAUGUUUUUUGUCUUAUUUUUUUAAAAUAGAAAAAAAAAAUUUUUUGAAAUUUAAUUAAAUUUGACAUUUUUCUUGCAUUUUUCAAAUAUCAUAAUUUUUUUUUCAGUUUUCCACGCUUCUGAAAAGCUAGCGAUAGUCUUCCCAGACUCUGCUUUAUUAAUCGUUUGUGGCUUCUCCGUUGGUACAAUAUUAGAUUGGUUUUUGCCACAUGACAUCUACUUGGAUCCAGACCUCUUCUUUCUGUACUUGCUACCACCGAUUGCUUUGGAAGCCGGAUAUUUUAUGCCAAAUGAAGCGUUUGUUAGAAAUAUAUUCACUAUCUUGACUUAUGCUGUCAUUGGAACAUUGUGGAACAUUACUUCUAUUGGUACGUUUAAAUUUAGAAUUUUUUUUGUUUUAACAUCGAGCUCUAGCCCUAGCUCUAGCUCAGAGCCCUAGUCUAGAGCCUUAGCCCUAUAUUGGUCUUAGUCCCCUAGCCCUCUGUCCCCUAUUUCUCUAGUCCUCUAGUCCCCUAGUCUUCUAGCUUCCUAACUCUAAAAAUGACUGUCGAAAUUUAUGUUCAUUGCCUUUUUGAAUGUUCAACUUACAAUUUUAGGAUGCAUCCUUUACGUAUUUUCUUCUUUCUACACUGUAAACAUUUCCUUCCUCGACUUGAUGAUUUUCUCAACACUAAUUAGUGCUGUUGAUCCAGUAGCCGUGCUCAGCGUGUUUACAGAAGUUAAAGUCAAUGAGUUACUCUACAUUUGCGUAUUUGGAGAAAGUAUUCUGAAUGACGCAGUAACCAUCGUACUCUAUCAUGCUCUAAGUGACAUGGCUGUUAUUGGAGCUGAAAGUUUAGUGGCUUCUGAUGUGAUCAGAGUAAUAGCCUCAUUUAUCCUAGUAGCAUUAGGUGGAGUGCUUUUUGGUACUUUGACAGCCAUUGUCACUGGACUAACAACUAAAUUGGCAGGAACGUUGAGUGUUGUGCAGCCGUUGAUCUGCCUUCUCUUUCCUUAUUUGGCCUAUCUCUUGGCCGAAAUGUUCCAUUAUUCAGGUAUAUUGGCCAUAGUGUUCUGUGGCUUAUUAAUGAAACCGUAUGUUGAGACAAAUAUGUCAGAUGAAAGUCGAAUUACUGUGAAGUAUUUCUUGAAGACAAUCGCUUCUCAUUCUGAAGCCAUGAUCUUCAUCUUCUUGGGAUUGUCAUCGUUCUCCAGGAAUCACAGUUGGGACAUUGUGUUUGCACUGGUCACGGUUGUUAGUUGUCUGGUUUGUCGGUUUAUUGGUAUGUUUGGUUUUCGUUACUGAUAUUAAGGAUUUUUGUUACAGGCGUAUACAUUCUAAGCUAUAUAUGCAACAAGCAAAGAAUGGAGAAGAUAGGCUUCUUAGAUCAGUUUAUCAUAUCUUAUGGAGGUUUACGCGGUGCCAUUGCUUACGGCUUGGCCAUGACAUUGGAUAAAGAUGCUGUACCAGCUAAAGAUAUGCUGGUAUCAACUACUGUCGUUGUUAUAUGCUUUACUGUGUUUAUCCAAGGAACCACGAUUAAGCCGUUGGUCAAGUUUUUAAGAGUAAAGACUUUAGAGAGCAGUCAAAGUACUAUCACUAGCUUUAUCUUUACUAAUGUAAGUUUAUAUUUUAAGGCUUAAGCUUUCUGAAAAGCUAUGUUAGUUGGCUUUAGAUUAAAAGUCAGCUUUAAAUUUAACUUUUGAGGCUAUUGUAAUAUCAAUAUUAAAAAUUUUAUCAAAAAAACUAUUUUUAGGCACAAGAUGACUUACUAGCAGGCAUUGAAGCUAUUGCUGGUAUCAAAGGAAAACAUUAUGUAAGUCAUUUUUAAAGUUUUAGUACCGUACUGUACUCUAAAUUAAUUUUAAUUUUUCAUAUAUUGGUGCCGAAAUAAAGAACCCGCCAUACUUUUCCUAUAAUUUUCUGUAAAAAAUGGCGGGUUUUUUAUGUCGGCACCUAAUAGAAUGGCUCAUUACUUCUUGAACAAACUAAUACUUAUAUUAUUGUAGUGGCGUCGCCGAGUCAGCGAAGUAGACCGUGAUUAUGUUCAACCGUUCUUAACUGUCAAAUCACAUUCAAGAGGCGAACAGUUGGUGGAACGGUACGAUGAAUUGAGUGCACUGGUCGAUAAGGAACGGCAACAGCAACAAAAUCGAAGGACUCAAGGGGCUACUCAUUUGUAA